CGCUCCCUCAUGAGGCCACGCCCAGCUGUCUAGCGCUCUCCUCCCCUUGGAGUGUAGUUCGUCGGUGUCACUACUCUGUCCUGCACUAUCGGCGCAGUCACCAUGGCGACCAAGAGACCCUCGAACCGUCCUUACCACAUAGUAAUAUUCGGGGCCUCCGGCUUCACCGGACAGUUCGUUGUGGAGGAGGUGUCCCGAGUGGCUGAUGGGGAAGAAUACCGGGGCCAGGAGCUCCGCUGGGCUGUAGCUGGCCGGAGCAAGAAGAAGCUAGAGGAGGUGCUGAGCUGGGCCGCCGAGAGGCAGGGAAAGCCACAGCUGAAGUCCAUUGAUAUUCUAAUAUGUGAUACUAAUGAUGCCCCCUCCCUUGCUGAUAUGUGUAAGAAGGCCACUGUUGUUCUCGACUGCGUGGGACCAUACAGGCUUUAUGGUGAACCUGUGGUGAAGGCCUGUGUUGAGAAUGGAGCACACUUUGUUGAUAUCAGUGGAGAAUCUCAAUUCCUGGAAUCAAUGGUCCUGAAGUAUGACGAGCAGGCUGCAGAAAAUGGGGUAUAUAUUGUUGGCAGCAGCGGUUUUGAUUCCAUUCCUGCUGAUCUCGGGGUUUUAUUUACCAGAAACAGCAUACAAGGAACCUUGACAGCUGUAGAAAGUUUUUUGUCUUUAAAGUCUGGAUCAGAGGGUACUCGUCUUAAUGAAGGGACUUGGCAGUCUGCAAUUCAUGAAGUUGCAAAUCAGGGAAAGCUGAAGAGCCUUCGAAAGAAAUUAGCAUUCAAGCCACUUCCAGUUGUUGGUAAAAAGUUAAAAAGAAGGGGUGCAGUAUUUUACAGUAAUGAAAUACAGCAGUAUGCCAUUCCUUUUCUGGGGUCAGAUGUUUCUGUUGUCGAGAGGAGCCAACGGUAUCUCUAUGAGAAAUUGCAGGAGACACCUGUGCAAUAUACUGCCUAUGCAGCAGUGGGCGGUAUCUCAUCUCUUAUCAAAUUGAUGUUUGCGGGACUCCUUUUUCUGCUCUUUACUAGAUGCAGUUGUGGUCGCAAACUUCUGAUAAAAUACCCCAAAUUCUUUUCUUUUGGUAUUUUCUCCAAAGAAGGACCAACACAGAAACAGAUGGAUGAUGCUUCAUUCUCAAUGACAUUCUAUGGGGAGGGUUACAGUCAGGGCCUAGACCCACAUCAGGGGAAACCUGAUGUAAAAAUCUGCACACAGGUUUCUGGACCAGAAAUCGCAUAUGUUACUACUCCAAUAGCCAUGGUUCAAGCUGGAGUGACUUUAUUAAAGGAGCCAGAAUCUCUUCCAAAAACUGGCGGAGUAUACACACCAGGAGCAGCAUUUUCCAAAACCAAGAUGAUUGACCGUCUCAACAAAGCUGGAAUUAAUUUUACUGUUCUUAGUAAUAUAGAAUAAUAUAUUACUUUAUAACUGCCUGCAUGACUAACUGAUAUAAUAAAGCACUUAAAUGAAUAACAGAUUAAAGGGUACUCCGGUGCUAAGACAUCUUAACCCUUAUCCAAAGGAUAGAUUAUAAGAUGCCUGAUCGCAGGAGUCCCGCCGCUGAUUGCCAGUAAUCAAACCCGGAGCGAACAUGCUUCGGGGACUGAUUAUAACGGGGUGCUGCAUGCGAGAUCACAAGGGUCCCCAGCAGUGGGACCCCCGCGAUCAGGCAUCUUAUCCCCUAUCCUUUGAAUAGGGGAUAAGAUGUCUUAGUGCCGGAGUACCCCUUUAAAUAAGAAAUUGAUGUAAAUGUAA